UUACAUUCAUAAUCAUACAUAACCGAACACACACUUCAUAUAUAAUUGAUAUCUACGAUGGAAUAAACAUAAAAACAAGGCAGUUGUAUCAUCGCAAGCUUGUGAUUAAUUCAUAUUUAUAACAAUAUCACUAUAUCGAUAACAUAUUGAUUCGAUAUAUCAACACGUUGCCUUGGCUUGUUACAACAUACAUCUUUGUGUACUUUGUAGGAAAACAGAUUUUAGAAUGCCUCGCAUUUUGUUGUUAUCAAUUAAAACUAUAAUUGGCAAUUUGGAAAACCUUUUUGCCAUGGUCAAGGGAUCGCCACCGGCACUGGCGAUGAUUAUGAGUGACCGUAAUAACCCAACUACACAGACAUUUAGUCUCAAAGAUGUGAUUGGAGAUGGUUUUCUUUGGGCUGUUCCCAAGCAUCGUCGCAGCGUGGAAAAACGUUUAAAUCGCAAAUUUGGAUUUCCCGAGUAUGUUUGGAAGCCACUUAAGGAAAAGAGAAACCUGCGCUCUUGUCUGAAAUGCGGACAUGAGCAUGAAUUGGGAGUUCUAUGUUCCUUUUGCUACGACAUAGUGCGCAAAGAGACGCAUCAGAUGCAGGAGAAAAUCCAGGAGAGUCUUGGUGUGGCUCCCAUCGAUCAAGAGGUAGUUGUAUUGUACGAUGGAGAAAACGACCUGUCUCCGGAGGCCCUCAAAGGCAGCAGAGUCGUGGAAAUACAAAAACCACGACCCAUGUGGUUCACAAAAAACUUAUUGCAGAAGUCCAUUCAACAAUCUGCAGACACUAAAGAAGUUAAGCCUUCAGAUUUAGGAUAAGCUACUGCGGCUAUAUAUGAAAUUAAUAAAAAACAAUUGUAAAUUUGGUUAGCAA